UCGACGCUGACGACGCGGCACAACCUAGCCGUCGCUGCUCUUCUUGGUGGAAAGUCGCACGCGGCGCUUUCGCUGCGCUGUUUGAUGGAUCAUGCUGGGAUUGAUGACGCCCUCGUACUGGUAAGCUGUCUUGCAGUCGUGCACUGGAAUGGUGCAUGCGACAUGGCGUCGACCGUCGCUCAUCACUUUCCACAUGUCCUUGAAACGCCUCUCGUUGGCGAUACACAAUCCGAGAGCACUUGGAUUCUGACACACCUGAUCCUUGCGGUUGUUCUUGUGGCAGGCAAGUUCCGUGAUCAUGCUGCCGCUGCCGACCACCUGGCUGCGGUUGUCGACCUCGUAGGCGAUCGUGGGCUUCCUAUUCAUUCACGACUGCUCGACAACCUUGGGUUCUCGGCCUUGUGCUCUGCUCCAGACGUGCUGACUACAAGGAUCCGCCGCUAUCGCAAGGAGCACAGACGGCGCACGAAGCACGGUGAAGUGCUUGCUCCGCCUCCAUUGUCACUCGACGAGGUCAUUGUUGCGCUUCGUGCGCGGUUUGGUGAUGAUGGCAGUGGUGUCGCCGAGGCCGAGCCAAGUGAUCAGGCUAAGGGCAAGUCGAAGAUGAAGAGCAAGAGCAGGAACAAGAAGAAGAAGAAGGCCAAGAAGAAGAACAAGGGGCAGCGGCGACGAUAAAACUGUAUUGCCAUCGACCGUCUCGCCAACCCACGCGUCUAUCCGCUUGCGCCAUCACCGGCAAAGUUGAGAAGGGGGUACCUACCCAGCUGCCGAUCUACCAAUUGAUGCCGUCGGUGUCGAGGCGACUGGGGUAAUAGGCGAAUGAUAGGGUGGCUUUAAUGGCCCAGCUUCGUUGUCGUCCAUCGCCCGCUGCCCGUGCGACCACCCGCCGACCAGCC